AUGCAUGGCCUCGCAGCUGACCAGCUCAGGGCCGGAGCCAGGGUGCGGCUGCCGUUUCAUGCUCUCAGAUCAAAUCACAUGAUGUGUGUGUGUGUGUGUGUGUGUGUGUGUGUGUGUUUGGGCGAAGCGCUCACUUCCCUCUCUCUCAAAAAUCUCUGCAUUCGCUCUCUCUCUCUUCUCUCUCGCUGCCAGCAUUUACCGGCUGCUCGGGGAGGCAAGCGCGCUGCGCUGCACGACUCGGAUGAUGAGGAGGCCGCUCCGGUCACCAAGUCCACCAAGGGCCGUGAGGAGGAUGACGAUGCCUUUGAUUCGGAUGAAGAGUUUGUCUGGAAAUAUGACAACGACAUGAUGGGUGACGAAGCGGAUAAGGAAUACCUGGCCAGCCUGUCCGAACUGAAGCGCGAAGAAAUUUUGCUCAAGCGUAGCGAGGAAUACGAGCGAGCCAAGACUUAUUGGGAGCGCCGUCGCAAACGCAAACUUGAACAAGCCAAGCAAAGCGCCAAAACCGGCCGAACUCGUGCCGAUGAUGAUGAUGAGGACGCAGAGGCAAGUCUAGAAGAGGAUGAGGCCGAGGAGGACAGCGAUUAUGAAGAAUCCGACGUGCCGGCCCGAGAUGACGGCGCCCCGGUGGUUGAAGACGAAGAAGAUUACAUCGAGGCCACCUUUGAGGAGCUCGAAUCAAUCCGCGUCUCGCGUCACAAACUGUUCACCUGGGCCCACGAGCCCUUCUUUGAGAAAACAGUGCUCGGCCUUGUGGUUCGCGUCAGCAUUGGCGUCAACCACACUACCAACGUAGAAACAUAUCGCAUGGGCAUCAUUGAGAGCGUGGAACGCGGCCGCGUGUACUCCUUGGAGAAAACGAAAACGGACUUGCACAUUCGCGUUCGCCAUGGCUCAGACAUCAAGCGCUUUCGCAUGGCUUACGUCAGCAACAAGCCUAUCGCCCACUCUGAGUAUGUCCGCUGGGCCGAUGCGACUAAGCGCUCAGACGGCUCGCUCGUCAUGCGCUCGCAUGUCAAGAAGAAACUUGAAGACCUCGCUCACGCGAAGGAUUACAUCCACAAGGGGUCUGAUGUCGCCUUUAUUGUGGCCUCUAAGAAGCGUGUUGGCGUUGCCGCCAUCAACAAGGUGGCGGAGAAGGAGCGGCUCCAGCGCGAGCUUGCACGAGCCGAGCUGACUGGGGACAAAGCUGAGGUCGACCGCCUUCAGGAGGAGCUGGAUCGCGUUAUGGUCAAGCAGGUUCAGGCAUACAAGAUGAAGGAGCACCACCAGGCGCAGGUUGCACGCGUCAAUGAGCGCAAUCGUCUGGACAACCGCGUCAAGAUGCAGCGCCGCACCGAUGAGGAGCGCCGCCUCGAACAAGAACGGCUUGCCAAAAAUUCUUCUGUGCGCCGACCCACACAACCUCGCAUCUCGGGCUCGAUUAAGAAGCUGCGCCAGGUUCACGCAACGGGACACGUGGACGCGCCCAAGGCCAACCCAGAGCCUGGGACAGAGCAAGAACCCGCAAAACGCGAUGUUCCUGAGAUUCCCGCACCGGUGGGGCCCAAGGUGGACCUGGACGAUCUAGACGACUUGGAGAUCCAUGCCCCGUCCUCAGGCGAUCCAGCAUCAGUCGAUAAGCCGACGCCUGCCGCCGGCUCCAGCUCCAACGGAGCCACCAGAAAGCGCGGUGGUAUCGAUCUCAAUGCCUACAAGCAAAAAAUGGGCUUGUUCUAG